UGUUUACUCUGGCUGCUGGCUUGUCGUUGGCUGGAGCUGCUGCACAACCUGUUUGGUGAUCGCUCUAUGUGGCUUAUUAACACCCUGAGUUUAUUACAAGCCGGGUUGAUUUCUCAGGGGGCCUUAUCUUGUCGUCGGCCGAAAGAGAUAGCUAGCUGUCUGACAGCAGACACAACAACAUAACGACUAUGUCCUGAGCUUGUAUUUUGCGACCGAAUCACACUGAGAGAGGUUUUUCAAAUGUAGCUCGUUAGCUAGCUGCGUCGAGUACAGUGUACACACAGCCUUUUUUGUUCUGCUCUUGGACAGCCUCUGCAUGACAAAUUAUUACCAAUGUUAAGUACAGAUUUGGCGCUAAAACAGUGGUCGUUUUAUUGAAAAACGUGUCAAAAAAAUAAUUUCUGGUUGUCAACCUCAGCCCCGGGGCUAACCCCCGGUCGCCGACCGAUUUAAUGGCCGGAAAUCCGAGGAGGGGCGCCGGUCUCAUCGGCUUGAUGAAGGACGCCUUUCAGCCCCACCAGCAGCCUCUCCAGCCUCACCAACCUGCUGUGGUCGAUAAGAAAAUGGUGGAGAAAUGCUGGAAACUCAUGGAUAAGGUGGUGCGUUUGUGCCAGAACCCCAAGGUGGCAUUGAAGAACAGCCCACCCUACAUCCUGGACCUGCUGCCGGACACCUACCAGCACCUACGCACCAUUCUGUCCAGAUAUGAGGGCAAAAUGGAAAUCCUCGGGGAGAACGAGUAUUUUCGUGUGGUCAUGGAAAACUUGACCAACAAGACUAAGCAGACAAUGAGCCUUUUUAAGGAGGCCAAGGAGAGGAUGUAUGAGGAGAACUCCCAGCCCAGGCGAAACCUGACCAAGCUGUCUCUGGUCUUUAGUCACAUGCUAGCGGAGCUAAAAGCCAUCUUCCCCAAUGGGCUAUUUCAGGGUGACAACUUCAGGAUCACCAAAGCUGACGCCGCUGAAUUUUGGAGAAGGUCGUUUGGAGACAAGACCAUAGUGCCAUGGAGGACAUUUCGUCAGGCUCUCCACGAGUUUCACCCAAUCAGCUCGGGCCUGGAGGCCAUGGCCCUGAAGUCCACCAUCGACCUCACCUGCAAUGACUACAUUUCUGUCUUUGAGUUUGACAUUUUCACCAGGCUCUUCCAGCCAUGGUCGUCUCUCUUAAGAAACUGGAACAGUCUGGCAGUCACACACCCCGGUUACAUGGCCUUCCUAACCUAUGAUGAGGUCAAGGCCCGGCUGCACAGGUUCAUCCACAAGCCUGGCAGUUACAUCUUCAGGCUGAGCUGCACCCGGCUGGGCCAGUGGGCAAUCGGCUACGUGACAGCUGAUGGGAACAUCCUGCAGACCAUCCCCCAUAACAAGCCACUUUUCCAAGCCCUCAUCGAUGGAUACAGAGAGGGAUUCUAUUUGUUCCCAGAUGGCCGUGCACAGAACCCAGAUCUAACCGGGCUGUGUGAACCUUCUCCACAGGACCACAUCAAAGUUACUCAGGAGCAGUAUGAGCUGUACUGUGAGAUGGGCUCCACUUUCCAGCUUUGUAAGAUCUGUGCAGAGAACGACAAAGAUGUGAAGAUCGAGCCCUGCAGGCACCUGAUGUGCACUUCCUGUCUAACUGCCUGGCAGGAGUCGGAGGGUCAAGGCUGCCCAUUUUGCCGCUGUGAGAUUAAAGGCACAGAGCCCAUUGUAGUAGACCCCUUCCACCCGAAGGCCAGCGGGGCUUCCUUUGCUGGUUUCCAGGGGUCCGGCAGAGCAGAAGCUGCUGGGAAUGAAGAAGAAGAAGAUGAUCGCCUGGAGGACCAGCACCUUGUCAUGAGCAGGCUGGCCUGCACCAAGGUUGAGCGUCCACCAUCUCCAGUGUCUCAGCUGCCUCCAGUGCCCCCCCGACUAGAUCUCUUGCAGCAGAGACCCUCCAGCUCCCACAGUGCACUGGGGCAGGGAGCCACAGCCAAAAUGGCAGCCACUCACAGAGACAAGCCUCUACCUCUGCCUCCAGCCCUGAGAGAGCUGCCCCCACCUCCCCCUCCAGAGCGCCCCUCUCUGAUUGGCCAGGACUCCAGGCUCCAGAGGAGACCCCUGCCCUCCACCCCCGACCAGCCCGCCUGGGCCUCAAACUACAUGGUCCCACGUCCUGCAACCAAGGCCCCAUCAGCCUUGCCCUCCACCCCUCAGAGCAGUGAAACAGGUGGAGAGGGAAGCAAACCCCAAUCAGCUACCAAUGCUGUCUAUUGUCUGGCUGCAAGGUCUCUGACAGCAUCUGCUGUGUUGAGUGGGGAGAGGCCGUCAUCUGACGGUGAGGAGAAUGAGUACAUGAGUCCCACCUCUCUUCCAGCCACUGGUGCUCCCUGGGUCAUAACAGGCUCCUUGGUGCCCCCACCACCGGUCCAGGCAAACCAACACAAUGACAGUGAAGCAGGUGAUAGUGACUCUGAGGACCCCCAAGUCUACGAGUCCAUGUGCAACAUCCAGGCACAGGCUGGUUCAUCUGAGACAGUGCAGACCUCUGAUCUGGACCACCCUCAACAUUCAGUCGUGGUUUCCCAGGACAAGAGGGAGGAGAUCAGCGUGGAGGACAUUUACGAGUAUGACUGUCCCAGACCGGUCCUCCCUCUAGCCCCCACCAGAAGAACCCUGUCAGAUAUCGGCGGUCCCUCAGCUGCCUUCAGCACCCUCAGCAUUGACAGUGCAGUAGAAGCCAGUAUGUUUGCAGCAAGUGUCGACCCUGAACGCCCCCCCAAACCCCUCCCACGGCGAGCCAACUCCGACCGACGACCUCGGCCUUUAAACCAUGAUUAUCCCGCCCCACUGCCGGACCUACCCGGUCCCUCCUCUGCCCCCUCCCCUCCUCCUCCUCCUCCCCCUCCUCCUCCUGCGGGCCCCGGAACCCUGGCCCUAAACGGGGAGAUUGAAUGCCUGAUGUCCCAAGGCUACUCCAUCCAGGACAUCCAGAAAGCCCUGAUGAUCGCCCAGAACAACCUGGAGACAGCCAAGAACAUCCUGCGCGAGUUCGUCUCCAUCCCCUCCACGGCACACAUCGCCACAUAGUCGCUCCAGCGACGCUCAUCCUCUUUGUCUCGUCUCUUGUCUCCACUCUGUGCCAUUAUCAUGGAUAGCAUUUACCAAGCACUUUUCCUGCAGGGCCACGAAUACUCGCUAGAAGUUUUUACUGUGAGGAGAAAUGCUGCGUUCACAUCAUAUCAGAAGAUGAACAAUACGACAGCUUCACAUUGAAAUACCCAUAAAAAGUCAUGUGUAACGAACGGAACAAACUGCAGCAGGUGUUGCUUUUCUAAGAGGAAUGUUAGAGUGAAGAUACAUAAUUUUGGACUACUGUUAUUGCCCUUGCCAAGUAGUUGACAUCGAAGCCUCAGAAUCUCUUGUUUACUCGUAAUUGCCACUUGGAGAUUGAGGUUUCUGGCCCAGGCAGAAGCAGCAUGGGGAUGGUGGUAUCCAUCGUUCGGCUGGUUCAAACCUGUAGUCCAGUUUGGUUGAAGGAGCAGCUCAGUGUUGGAGGCAGACGUUCGAUCUGAUAUGACCUGAACGCAGCAUAUUUGGAGAAUCAAAGCCUUGAACGUGCGCUCUCUGUAGCGAAGCUUUGACCCUGCUGUACUUUGCUGAGGUCGACUCGUGCUGUGCCAGUGCCCCCCUCCCUCCCUCAGUCUGAGUACCUUCUCUCAUUAAGCUAUGUGUUGAAGCUACACUGACUUUUAAAUCAGUGGAUGCACCCUGUGGAUCGCUGUUUUUUGACUCGGUGUCCCACUGCUGGCAGCCGAUCAGUUUUGGUGCUUCACGGGCUUCUCAGCAAAAUUGUGACGUACAAAUAUGUAGCGACGCCAGUUCGGUCGGAAAUUAGUGAUUAACUCUGUGGUGUGUGUGUGUGCGCGCACGCUCGUACGCUGAUGAAUGUGAAUGUUCAGUUGCAGUGCAGUAUCGCAGGGCUUCAUGUCGUACGCGUCACCGUGGUUCGCUCUCGUUUUGAUGGUUAUUCCACAAGUUGAACACGACUCCAUAUAACUCCUCUCUCAGCUCCCGGAUCAAUGAUGGUUCUAUAAUGAAAUAACAAAGUUUAAUGUUUAAGUACUCUAAUAACAUGUUGUGCUGUGUGUGGUACUAACAAUGGCUGAAUUUUGAGAAGUUCAUCUUUUCAUUUAACUCCCUGGUUUCCUGCCGCCUUUCGAGGUGGUCUGACACUGAAGGCUGAUUUAUUUAGUCAAAAGCUUCUGUAUACUCAUAGUUUCUUACUAAAAAAAGUGAAAAGACUUUUAACAUGAGCUGUUAGAUUUCCUCUCACAUGUUUAUAUACUUUUUAGAUCAGUACCACAUUUAUACCCAGAACAGCUUCACUGGGUUCACUGAGAAAUCAAAUUGAAGGGAUUUUACAUUGAGCUCUAAAUGCAAAAAGAAAAAAGAAAAAAAGAAAAAAAAAAACUGAAGGUGGUGUGUUGUCAUGUGGACUCAGGUACUCAGUAAUAAGCCAGGGUUGUAUGUACUGAUGAAUGAACAGAUGCUGAAAGGACACAUAGGGACACAUUCUUACAAAAACAUUCCAGUGAUUGAAUUUCUCUCUUAUUGUUACAUUACUCGCAUUAGAUUUACAUAUAACCUACUAUUAUUUAAUAUUUUUAAAUCAAUGUUGCUAUUUUUCCCUCCCAUUCACAUCCUCCAAUUUCAAACUCCUGAGAUUUGGUGACAAUAAUCCAUCUAUCAUACAUUUUACAACCAUUUCCAGUCCAAUUCCAGUUGGAUCGGGGCUAGUCUGAGUCUCAGGUCUUUGAUUCAAGGUCAUAGACUUCAUCCACAUCCAUUCUCCAACAAAAUAUCCAAAAGAAGACAGAGAUUAAACUGAGAUAAACUGAACAGUCCUCUAAACUUAUGGAUGUCACUCAGGUGUUAAGAUUUCUGCCCCGUGGACCAAUAAGGAGCAGCUGUCACUCCCAGGCACCACACCUUUACUUUUUAUGAUGCAUCACCCCAUCAGUGGGAUUUUGAUGUCUUCUACAUGAGGGCUCGUAUAUUAACCCAACCACAUGAUCACAGGCACAUUUAGAGCAAAGAUGAAAAGAUGUUUGAGUCAUCAAAGCAGGGAGUCUGAUCUGAGUCCAGGACUACAUCAGUGCAGAAUACAAAUAUAUAGUAAGUGAAGCUCUAUUUUCACUGUAAAAAAAAUGACUGUUCCAUAUUAAUGUGCACAUUUAGGAACACUGCCAGAGACAAGACAGGGCUGAGCGUCUCAUUUCCACUUUCUCACACAAACAGGGAAACAUGUCCGAAGUUUCCCGUUCAGCUAUGAGAGCAGUUUCUCCUUUUUCUCGUCCAAAAUAGAUCUUCAGCAGUCACAUGAUUUCUGCAGUAACAUACACAGUAAAUGUGCCUUCUUUCAGUCACAACCUGCACAUGUCAGCAGAGAAACCACAACACUUACUCCACAUUUACUGCUCAAAAGUGGAAAUCUGCACAGCUUCGGUUUUUCUUAUUCAGAGCCAUUUUCUGACAGUGUUUCGUCUCUUCCAUUAAGUUACAUCAGGAGUUUGAAGUAGGUUCUUCACAUGGGGUCAUUUGGUACGCAGCUAGCAUCCAAAACUGGUCAUUAGAGCCCAAAUUACAUAUUAAAGUUAUUACAGUUCUUAUUGGCAUUUCCCAUAAAUUUGGUUGAUUGAUUUUUUUUUUUUUUUUUUUUUUACCAAAAUAUGUACUAAGUUGGACAUUUUGCAAUUGAAAAAUUAGCUUGUUGGCGCUCUCUGGUGGACAAACUAUGUAAUGGCGACACAGUUUCUGUCUUUAAUCGGGUAGUACACUGCAGUUGGCAGAGGAAAAAAAAGAAAGACAUUAACUUGCAAGUAUGACUUAGUUUUCUUGUAGUUAUGAGGAACUAUUUGUUAACAAGUUGCAACCUUUAUUUUUUGCGAGUGCAAGGUGCAGCUGUGCAGUUUCUUGUCACUUAUUGGCUCAUAAUCUGAAUUCUUUAGGCUGUUAUAAUACAGACAUUGGUGUAUUUUCCUCUAAAAAUAGGUCUGAAAUAUGCAAACAAGUUUGCAGAAACCAUUCAGUGAUACCUCCAUACUCUUGAAAGAAGAAAACAGAAGUCUGCCUAAUGUCAUGAAAGUACUGUGGACACUUUGAUGUAAAACAAAAAGAAAAUGCAGUAAAGAGUAAAAAACAGUAAAACUCAGACUAUGUUGAGUUGUAAAAUGUAGAUUGAUCACAUCCCUGCAGACAAGGCUGAAUCUGGCCUCUCAGCUUUCAGUCUUGCUGUGAUUCCACAGAAAUCUUACAGCUUUAAUUGCCCCAAAACCAAAAGUAUUUCAAAGCAGCAAGCUGCCCUUUAUGUUGCCCCUCAGCCUGGUUUGAUAUAGAGAGGAUGUGUCGUCAGGCUUUGCUCUCACUUGAUCUCAGCCUUUGAACACUAACAGGGACUAACUCUUGACCAUGAAGGUGCCGCUGUGUGAAGAUACACUUGAGGCCGACAUUUCUGCCAGAGGCUCCGCUGGCUCACACACACACACAUGCAUAUACACACAUAUAUUUCCCCUCAAGAGUCGCUGGUAAACUCAGCUGGUGUGUUGGCUCAGAUCCACUGGUUAAUGAUAUGUGGUAUAAACAUGUUAACUAGCCUUUUCAACAGGAAAUUGCCUACUAAAAAGUUGUCCUCAUUGCUUUGUUAUUGCCUGUGUAAAUAUGAUUUUAUUUAUUGUCUUUUUAAUAUCCUCAGCAUUCAUUGUGUUGCCAUGUUUUCAUGCCUAAGCCAUUAAGAUUUUUAAUUAAACAGUAUUUUCUUUAA